AUGCCCGUGGAACUCGUCAUCGGCGUCGUCGGGCUCGCGAUCCAGGCCAUCGACACGUCGCAGAAAGUCAAGUCUGUGAUCGAAGACUACCGCUCCGCACCACGAGACAUCCAGCGACUCGAAACCAAGCUUGGGUUUGUCGAGAACCGAUGCGCUCGCAUCAAAGCCAUCUUCCGGGAUGAGAACGUCGUCCGAGGUCAACGUCUCAUCAGCGAGGCCUUGUGCAAGAAUCUACUGCGCGACAUUGAUGGUACCAUCAAAGAGCUCGGAGAAAUCCUCACUGACUUACAGAAGAGGCUUGCAAAGAAGGGACUGAUCGAUGGGCCAGGAAGGCAUUUCGUCAAGCAGAAGGAUUCCAUUCAGAAGUUGGUCGCCGAGCUGGAUAGUGACCUCGCCAUGCUUGACCGAGCAUUGACGCCUGAUAUUUACUCAAGUGUCGAGUCUAUACACCAAACCAUUGUCAUAUCGCCACAACCUCAGAAGACGAGCGACGUGCUCAACAUCAGUGCGCCAGAAAUGACGCCAAUCCCCAGGAAGCUUGUGCCCUUUACAGGGGCCGAAACUAGCAAGUCUGCCAUCAUUUUGGAGAAGACUGAAGUGCGGAGCGAGGUUUCACGCUGGCUCUUCUCGCUUGAGGUCUGUCAUCAACAGAAGAAGAGAACCACUCAAGUUCGCGACAAGGACGAGUGCCAGCCCGACCGUGUGGAUUAUGAAACUAGUCUGAUCUUCUCCCAUUACAUCUCAUCAUACCGUGUUCAGUUUACCUGGCGACCAGGGUUUAUCGCCGCGCCAUCUUUUGCGCUGAGCAUGCCUUAUGUUGUCAAGCUUUGCGCAUAUGGGCGGAGAUCUGAUGUGAUUGCAAGAAAGAUUGAGCUGCAGCCUGGACUGGCUGCACACGUCUUGUCCGAUUUCUUUGGGAAACAAAGCCCGCUAGAGCUGAGAGACAAAGCAUACAAUAUCCGUCAUACCUCACUCUAG